GGGCCGCCGGCCUGCCCCGCCUCCCUGGGGGCGGCCGAGCCCGUCCGGUCCCGGCGCGGGCCGCGGAAGGACGGGAAGCUCGGGCGUCUGCCAGGCCCUGCAGGUGGCCGGGUCGCAGGCCGGCCGCGGCGGCGGAGCGGUAACCCGCCGGCGACAGCAGCUGGUCGGUUUCUCGAGGCUGGGGCUCCCUGUGGCCGAAGGGGCCGGGUUUCGGGCAGCCGAGGCCUCCAGGAGGCGCGUCUCGGGCCGGGGUCCGUGAGGAGUGGCGGAUAUGGCUCGUGGACAGCAGAAGAUUCAGUCUCAGCAGAAAAAUGCCAAAAAGCAAGCUGGACAAAAGAAGAAACAAGGACAUGACCAAAAGGCUGCUGCCAAAGCUGCCUUAAUAUAUACCUGCACUGUCUGUAGGACACAAAUGCCAGACCCUAAGACCUUCAAGCAGCACUUUGAGAGCAAGCAUCCUAAGACUCCACUUCCUCCAGAAUUAGCUGAUGUUCAGGCAUAAAGUUGUUUACAGGUGAAUUCGUGACACCUUUGACUCUUCUCCUGUCUCAGACCUUAGGUAACAAACCUGCAGCUGCUUUUCUAACAAACUGUUGAUCAGCAAAAAUAAAGGGGCUACAGAAACA